GGAAGUUCUGCUGUUCUUUAUUUACCGGUGACCAAGUGACCCAAAAAACGGCACACAGUCCAAGCCUAUCGUCUUCAUCAUCAUCUGAAAACUGAGAGAUGAGCUUUGACCUUGUCGUCGUCUGCUUUGCUUUCUCAAGAUAAACCCUAAUUUCAUCGCCGGAAAGAUGGAGGGAAGCGAAUCUCAGAUCUAUCACGAGCGACAACGACUUCAAUUCUGCCUCCUUCACUCGCUCAACAAUCUAUUUCAGGACAAGAACGCAUUCACGCGGGAAAGCUUGAACUCAAUCGCGGAGAACCUCGUAACCGACGAUCCGAACAAAGAAACGUGGACGACGACGCAUCCUCUCUCCUUCUUCCUCAAGCCUCACCACAACACGGUCACUGGCAACUACGACGUGAACGUGAUGAUGGCAGCUCUGGAAGGGAAAGGGAAGAGUGUUGUCUGGCAUGAUAAGCGUCGUGGAGCUUCUUCGAUUGAUCUUGAUUCAGAUGCUCUGAUGGGGAUUGUGAUGAAUGUUCCGGUUAAAAGAUACGGUGGGCUUUGGAGAAGUAGGCAUUGGGUUGUGGUGAGGAAGAUCAGUGGAGUUUGGUAUAAUUUGGAUAGUGAUCUCCUUGUGCCAAAGCCGUUUAAAGACGAAGAUGAGGUUAGGGUUUUUUUAGAUCAGAAUCUGAGUUUAGGUUCAGAGGUUUUGCUUGUGAACAAUGCUUAACUUGUGUUUAAUCCAAUCAAGUGUGAAAAUGUACAUAGUUCGUUGUAUCUUUUUUAGUUACAGUAGAGUUGAAAGAAUACUUUUCUUGAAUGUUUAGUGAGUUUUCUCCACUUGUGAGUUAUCAUGUUCCAAGGCAAGAUAUCGACUCGACGAUAGGAAUGUUCCAAGGCAAGAUAUCUGUCCACGUUUGCGUUUUGAAACAUGGCAUAGAUAUUCGAUUAUUGUUCUCUUCCCAGUGGAAUGUUCUCUCACAUGUAAACACUUACAAUCCAGAGUAUGAUCUUUAGUGUAAGCCAUAACGCUGCCUUGGAAAUGACUGUAA